UCAAUCUCUCCCCUAACCAACCAUACCAUACCAUGGAGAUUGAGUGCCUUCAUUGGAUUGCUUGUCUGUUUACGGCGGCGCUCAUCCUCAUCUCUACCCUCCUCCGCCGCCGUCGUAAGAACCUAGCACUGCCUCCAGGGCCUAAACCCUGGCCCAUAAUCGGAAACCUUAACCUCAUUGGCCCCUUUCCCCACCGCUCCAUUCACGAACUCACCCUUAAGUAUGGACCCAUUAUGCAGCUAAGGUUCGGUUCUUUCCUGGUGGUGGUUGGCUCCUCCGUCGAGAUGGCUAAGGUUUUCCUAAAGACUAUGGAUGCCAAUUUCGUUAACCGCCCAAAUUUUAGUGCCGGAAAAUACACCGCCUACAACUACUCCAACAUCACGUGGUCCCCUUACGGGCCAUACUGGCGGCAGGCGCGGAAGAUGUGCCUCAUGGAGCUCUUCAGCGCUAGGCGCCUAGAUUCUUUCGAGUUCAUCCGUGUCGAGGAGUUGAACUCGUUUCUUAUAGACCUGUUUAAAUCAGCUGGAACCCCGAUCACACUUAAGGAUCAUUUCAGCACGUUGAGUUUUAAUAUCAUCAGUAGAAUGGUUCUUGGAAAGAGGUAUAUAGAUAAAGACGGGAAUCCAAUCGUAUCAUCAAAAGAGUUGAAAGAGAUGAUCGAUGAGUUGUUAUUACUAAAUGGGGUGUUUACUAUAGGGGAUUCAAUCCCUUGGUUGGCCUUCUUGGACUUGGGCGGGUACGUCAAAAGGAUGAAAGUCUUGGGCAAAAAGUUUGACGAAUUCCUAGAAUAUGUGCUUGAAGAGCAUAUCGCAAGGAGGUCCAUUGAUCGGGAAAACUCCGAUAACAAGGACAUGAUGGAUGUGUUGUUAGAAUUGGCCGAUGAUUCGACUCUUGAGGUCAAGCUUGAAAGGCGAGGUGUCAAAGCUUUCACUAUGGAUCUCUUAAGCGGUGGAACUGAAUCCUCUACGAUCACUUCAGAAUGGGCAAUGUCAGAGAUGUUGAAGAAUCCGGAGACCUUCAAGAAGGCACAUGAAGAGUUGAACCGCGUCAUAGGCCCUAACCGUUGGGUCAAAGAGAAAGAUAUGCCAAAUCUCCCUUACAUAGAUGCUAUAACAAAAGAAACUAUGAGGUUGCAUCCGGUAGUUCCAAUGCUUGUGCCGAGGGAGUCUAUUGAGGAUUGUAAAGUUGCAGGUUACGACAUUCCUCAAGGAACUCGAGUCCUAGUGAGCGCGUGGAGCAUCGGACGAGAUCCGACACUUUGGGAUGAACCGGAACAAUUCAACCCAGAUAGGUUCAUUGGAAAGACAAUUGACAUGAAAGGGCAGAAUUAUGAGCUUUUGCCAUUUGGGGCUGGCAGAAGAAUGUGCCCCGGGUAUAGUCUAGGACUAAAGGUAAUCCAAACAAGCCUAGCUAACCUCUUACAUGGGUAUAAGUGGAGUUUGCCUAAGGGAAUGAAUAGUGAUGACUUGAAUAUGGAAGAAAUUUUUGGUCUUACAAUUACAAAGAAAAUCCCUCUUGUAGCUGUGGCUGAGCCUAGGCUUCCACAAAAUAUGUACUAUAUUAUGUAAAAACUAAUAAUAAUGUCA